AUGAGCGACCAUAAUUCUAUCCGCUACAGUUCGUCCAUUUCGACGGCGCAGCAUACCCUGAACUCGGUUCGGGCAGGCCUUCUCCCCCAAAAACCACACAUCACCAUCACCCUCAAGGGUGAACGGGAGGGCCAAACGAUCCCCUACUCUUUCACCACCCGGGAUACAAUUGAAGGAGAUGUCACAAUCGUACCGCAGCACGAUGUCCGAUUCGAUGACAUUUACAUCACUUUCGAAGGGAAUGUUCGAGUAUGGACCGAAAACACAGGUCCCACCAUGGGCACCGCCAGGAGCGAGGUCCGUCGUGUGUUCCUCAAAAUGAACCAGCCAGUCGAUGAAAACAUGUUACCUGUGCCACGAAUUGCUCUCAAAGGCGUGCAAUAUACGUUCCCAUUCAGCUUCGUUGUUCCUGAUCAGCUUUUGGACAGCCAUUGCGGUCACAUCCUACAAAACGAUGUCGUCCGUCAAGCUCACCUCCAGCUUCCUCCCACCAUGGGGACAGGCAAGGCCAUCAACCAAGACGGUAGCCUCGAGCUCGACGAUGUCACUCCCGAUAUGGCCAAGAUCCGAUACGGUAUCAAAGUUCGAGUGACUCGACGACGAGAAGUCGACGGCAAGCAAGCUGUCAUUGCUGAAGACCAACGGUAUCUCCACAUCACUCCACACUAUAUCGAGGCUCCUCCACCGAUGGAUGAUAAUACAUUCGUCUUGAAGAAGGAGAAGGAAGUCCGUAAGGGUCUCUUCAAGGGUAAGCUUGGCCGUCUGAUUGUCCAAGCCGACCCACCUCGUCCAAUGGAAAAUAAAUCGCACGACGCCAACCAUCGAGCGAGCACCACUGCUACCCUAAAUCUCACUUUCAUUCCCACCGAUGACUCUACCGAACCUCCAAAGCUCGGUAAUGUUACCACGAAGCUCAAGUACCGGACCUUCUAUUCUACCAAAUCAAUCAACAUCAUCCCUCAGCGGAAAUCCCACCUAAUCGACCCAUAUAUGGGCCAAUAUCAGGAAACCAUCACUCUUUCGUCCCGGGCCCUCAACGGCAUCAAAUGGCGUCGUGGUCGUAUUGCAGACCCAGAGAACGACUCAACCUACGGUUCACGCCGAGGCUCUGAUAUGUCUGAUAGUGGUAGCACCAAUUCCUUCUCGAGCGAGUCUCCAAACCACUACUACGCCGAAAUCCUCGUCCCAGUUUCUCAACCGCAAGAGAAGGCGCUCCCACCAACCUUCCAAUCUUGCCAUGUGGGCCGCCAGUAUGAGCUCGAUAUCGGUCUAUCAGUAGACAUCAGUUCACGACUAAAGAGUUCUUUCAACCUCAAGUUGCCACUGCAGGUAACGUCGUCUGGUGCAUACAACCUCUCAGCACAGUUGGAAGCAGAGGAACUCCCUGCCUUUGAAGAGUUCUUCACUCCUCGGUCCAUCGCCCCUCCGGCUGGAAUGCGACUAUCAAGUUUUGCAGAAGAAGCAGGACAGCUACCUGCUCACAUGAUGUCGAACAACGCCAACAUGGCACCACCACCGGGGUACGGGGUUCGGAUGUUGAACGCCACAUAG